AUGGGUAUACUAGCUCUGGAACCUCAUCCCCGUUUGGCCGCCCCAGACUCUCCGCCCGGGCUGGUUAGCCCAUCAUCAUCAUCUUACUCCUCCAGGCCAUCUCCUCCUGCCGAAAAGCUCUGGGACGCCAGGUUUGGUCCCAUAUCCCCUGCCAUGUCCAACUACGAACAUGGCUCGGCGGCCGAUGUGUCGACUGCCGGCAAAGGUGCUGAAGGCGGUUCGUCCCGUAAGGAUUCGACACAAAGCGCUCCUCGCCAGCAACUGCCAUCACUGAGCAGUCUGUUUGGACCUCCUCCACCACUCCGGCCGUUGCAUUCUCCGCUGACCGAGCGGCCGGCCCCUUACCCGGCGACGUCUCCCUUGGACCGCCCGCGUAUGCCGCAACCUCACAAUGAUCGCUCUUAUGCCACAUCGUACUUCCCGCCUCAGGAAAGCUCUCCAACGAUGUCCCAGCCACGGAGUACCUACGAUGCCAGGUACGACCACGAGAGGCAGGCCUUGCAUGGCUUGUCCCGUUCCUUUUCCGGCCCUGGGUCACCGAGAUACCGCGAAUCCGAACAUAUGCGUCCCGAGUCGAGAUCUGACGUCGGUUUGGGAAGCAAGUGGUCGAUACAUCAUGACGCUGGAAAGCAUGAGUACGCCUUGGUAUCCAGAGAGAACCAACCCCCACUACGGGCUUCACAUGACAGGAUGUCCUACCAGUAUUCCAGCAAUAAAGACUCUGGCUCUUCUUACCGGGAUCAGCGCUCCCCUUCUGGACCUGGUCUUUUGCAGGCAUCGGCGUCUGCCAGUACAACGACCUCGGAAGGAAUCCCAUCGAAGGAUGGUCUCGGCCCCAAGAUAUGGACGGGGAGUCACUUUCUCCCACGAUUCGUUCGUGCCGCCGAAGUGCCGGGUGAAGGGAUGUGUUAUUUCUACGAUGAUGGAAGUCACUGCAAGACGGUUAUUGAUGGCGAGGCAGUCAACGCUCACUGGGGUGUGACAAAGGCAGGGAAGCCAAGGAAGAGACUGGCGAUUGCGUGUGUCACCUGCAGGGAGAAGAAAAUCAAGUGCGACCCUGACUAUCCUCGCUGCGUUCAAUGCGAGAAAUUUGGCCGGAUCUGCAAGUUCAAGAACGCACCACGAGGUGGCCACAACACCUCCCCAUCAACGCCUCCUGCUGAACCAGAGGACUUGAGGCGUCUGGGAGGCUCGGCCAACUCGAACGACAUGCACCGACCUGGGAGCAACUCCAGCGCGUCUGUUUCUCCUCGAACCACGUACCGUCAGCCCAGCCCAGAGCCCUCGAUGCCUCACAAGAGGAUGCGCCUCGGUUUCGACUCGUACCCCUCGAUGCCGAGCGACUCUUCCGCCUUGAUGAGCCGGACGCUCGAGACGGCAAAGGUCAACGCCUGGCAACACCGCCAGCCAAUUGAGCUCCCUCGGAUCCACGAGGACGUGCUUCACCGAGCAUGGCAAUCAGACCCCAUCCUCGCCGUCGGGAUCACCUUGUCAGGUGGUCCAAGAACAAUCGCCUCCGAAUACGCUCAGUUCGCACGAUAUGCGCAGCAACAGCUCCCACCCAGCCUUCAGCUUGCGCAAUCUCGACUACUCUUGGCGGUCUAUUACAUGUCUACGUCUAGAGCCUGCGAAGCAAACGAUUUGAUCAUCUACAGGAAUGAACACGGUCUGCCCACGGAUGGAGAGCCAGCAAUAAUUGUUGAAAGCUCUGUCAGAAGGCUACUCAGCUGGCGUAGAUCACUUCCUGGGCAGUUUACCUACAGCCCAAGCAAUAUGGACCUGGCUGCUCAGGCUGGGACCCUCAGCACAUUCCUUACGAUUCAUCUUCUGUUCCACCACGGUCUCGUAAAGGUUCACCGACACUCGUACGCCUCACGCCGAAUCUCGGCAGCAAAACGGAUGUCAUACCUCUCGAGGAUCCAAGAGGAAGCUAAACAGGUACUGCAGAUCACGGGCAUGUUGAAAGCACUACUCCAAGCUCGGCGAACCCCACUGAGCGCGCCUCCUCCAUUCAUGAGCCAUGUGAUACUGGAGGCUGCCGAUGUUCUCACUGCCCAGGGUUUAUUAUCAGACCUUCAUAUGCUUUUGGAUCAAUUGGCCGUUGCAAACGCGAUAGUCGAAGCUACAAGUAUGGUUUGGGCGAGGCACGAAUUCAUCGGGCCGCACUGGAACAUCGACAUGACGCUCUACGUCUUCUGCAAGAUCUUCAGCCCGGAGCAACACCAUCGGUUGGCGCAGCAGUGUUCGCCAACGGAAACGAGGGCAAAUGCUGGUAAAUGA